AUGACGUACACUCUCAAUGUUCCUCGACUUCCCUCUACAGAUCGAAGAUUUUGUUUCGUGUGCCCCCGGGGCCGCGAUCCAACGGAUGGGUGUGCGGUUCUGGUGAACGUCAGAGCAGGAAUGAUAGAGGAUCCGACAGGGCGGCUGGUUACAGUUCCGAUGUGCCAUCUUCAGGAGUCCCCCGAGGCAGCAGAGACCGGCAUCAAAAUUGCUGCACUGACGCUGGAAAUUGGCAGGCCACACGCUAGUGCGCAGUUCGCUUGUCCCAGUAAUUCGGAGGUCGUGCCGCAAGACGCUUCCUCAGAGGACAACCUGGAAGCAUCUGUUUUUCCAGUCGGCAAGGACGGUUCUUGCAUUAUUGAAGGGCAGACGUCGAAACUUCACGAAAGCAUUCCGGGAGCGACGCUGAGAGUCGCCACCAUAGUACAUAGAGGCUCGGUCAACAGACUCUACACUUUUUCUGUAGGCAUGCUGCCGACCAGCAGCCAGAAGGUGUGCUAUGUCUGUGCCCGCAAUUCAGUCGCGGCUCACGGAUGCGGAGUGGUGAUUAGCGUGAAAGGGAAAGAAAAUGGUAAGCCAAGAACGGCGCCUGUGUGCGAGCCACAGCGCUUACCGGCGGUGGCUGAGAGGGGUCUUCUACAGCCGUCUGUGGAGCUUGUCGUUGACAAGCCAGAGGGACUUGUCCAAUUCGAAUGUCCAGGAAAUUCAGUUGUUUUCCCAGAGCAUGCAACUGAUAAGAGCCCGGAAGUUGCCGCUGUGUAUACAGGGCCAGACGGGAACGUUUGCGACCUCUGGGAGCAUCCAUCGAAGUUGGUAGACAUUCUUCGAGGCGCAACACUUCGGGUAGACACGACCGACGAAAAUGGUAGCAUGGCAAGAACAUACACUUUGAAGGUUCCUAUGCUUCCGUCCUCAAAAACAAAGCUGUGUUACGCAUGUGUCAAGGACAAUGAUAUUGCGGAGAGCUGUGGGAUCUUGAUUACAGUCAUGCCGACAGCACCCCCUACAGAAGAGACGCCCGGACCACCGCUAGAGAGAGGAGUAUGUGCGCCGGUGUAUUCUGGCGACGUAGCGAAAAGUGGCUUGCGGAAGCCAUCUGUGAUACUCACAGUCGACGACGAUCAUCGAACUGUCGAGUUUACGUGUCCGCAUAGCUCUCUCGUCUUCCCCGACCAAGCCGCCGACUUCGAUGCAGAAGAAGCAGCGGUCUACACGGUGUCUGGCGGUUCUUGUGAUGUGUGGGAAGAACCGAUUUAUCUAACAAAGGUUUUGCCCGGAGCUUCGUUAGUCUCUCACACUACCCUCGAUAAUGGAGAGGUUACAAGGAAGUACACCUUAACCGUCGAACAGCUUCCCGGGACGCCCAAGAGGCUGUGCUAUCUCUGCGUCUACAACCGUGAUGUUUUGAACAGUUGCGGAGUCAUGAUCGACGUCGCCAGCAACCGCGUGGGAGAGCUGCUCGAGCAAAACGAGGACAAAAUUGAACCAGAUCAAACUGUCCCCAGCACUGUGGAGCUGCAGUGCCCGCCAGACUACUCGGCACACACUGCAGCCACCGGUCUAAGGCUUCCAGAAAUGGAGCUCCUUGUUGAUUCGGCGAACCGUACUGUCCGCUUCAUUUGCCCAGAUGAUUCUUCUGUUUUCCCGGAAGUUGAUGAAGUUGCCGAUCCACCAUCCGGCAAAGUGUACAGAGUAGCCGGCGAUUCGUGUGACACUAGGGAGGAGACAACUUUACUGCGGGAUGAGGUCCCUGGUGCGGAGUUGCGGAAGAGAAUCCUCGUGGAAGGAGGAGUUGUGCAGCGGUUCUACACUUUCACGGCUGAGCGACUUCCAGCAGAGGAUAGAAGGCUAUGCUACUUAUGCGUCCGCCAGAGAAACCCUGCCGACAGCUGCGCUGUGAUGAUCACUGUAAAAGCAGAUUCGGCUGGCGUUCCUAUACCUCCAGUUGUGCCAAACCCGCUGCGGAUACCGCCUGCACCUGUCUGCAAGCCAGAUUACUCUCCUGAGGUGGCAGAAACAGGGUUUAAAGCACCGGCGCUUGGCUUGACCAUCGACAGUAGGACCCAGAGUAUCCAGUUCAUUUGUCCCGAGAGUUCUAUAGUAUUCCCCGAUCUUGCGGCGGUGCCCGAUCAGGAGUCAGCCAUGGUCUAUCUGGUGGGUGAACGCGACUUCUGUAACGUCGCGGCCUCGCCUCCCCUCCUUUCGGAUGUGUUGCCGGGUGCAGCACUGAGCUCCCGCACGACAGUUGAUGCCGGCGUGGUGAAUCGGACGUAUACGUUGACCGCGCCCAAGCUGCCUGACGAGGACAUCAAGUUGUGCUACUUGUGUGUACAGAAUCGACAGGUUACGGAGAGCUGCGGGAUCCACAUCACAGUGAAGGGCGGGAAGCAGCGGCCUGAUGCGACGCCUGCUGGACCCGUCUGUCAUCUGGGCUAUUCUCCGGGAUCUGAGGAGACGGGAAUGCGUGAGGCGGCGAUCGAGCUAGUAGUAGAGAAACCGAGCAUUCCUGUAGGCUUCGUAUGUCCUGAAGGUUCGCACGUUUUCCCGGAGUAUGCAGCGUUAGCAAAGGAGAGUGUAGCAUCAGUUUACGGAGUUAAAGGUAAUGAGUGCCUCUUCGCAGGCGCCAGAGCGAACCUUCAAAGCUUGGUGCCGGGUGCAACUCUUCGAAUGGACGCUACAGACGAAGGCGGAGUGAUAAUGAGGACAUACACUUUUACAGCUCCCAACCAGCCCGCAGAGGAUAGGCGCUUCUGCUACAUGUGCGUCCGUGAGCACGAUAUUUAUCAGAGCUGCGCGGUCAUUAUUGUUGUUAAGGGCAGCGGCCAGUUACCAGAACCCAAGACACAACCACCAGAGGAGCGGCCAACACCUGUUUGUACCCCUCGUAUACAACCAGGAACGGCGCUAACAGGCCACCUGGACCCAUCUGUGAAGCUGUGGAUCAAUGAGCCGGAGGAACAAGUCAGUUUUGUCUGCCCGGAUCGCUCUCAAUUGCUUCCAAAUCCAGAGAGUUCAGAACCGCAGGUCUAUGGUGUUGGUGCAGGGGAAUCAUGCCUGUUCACCAAACCUCUGAUGUCUCUUGCAAGCGCGGUCCCGGGGGCGUGCUUGUCGACCGAAACUUUGGUAGAGAGUGAGGUUACAACCAAGAAAUUCACCCUCUGGGUUCCCAGCUUACCGUUGGAGGAGACCAAGGUGUGCUACACGUGUGUGAGCCAAGUGGACCCCACAAAGAGAUGUGCUGUGGCCAUUACCGUGAAAGGAGAGGGCAAAAUGCCAGGUGGCCUACCUGCAUCGUUGCCAUCACCGAUAUGUGCAGCUCAAUUCUCCCAGUGUGCCUUCCUUACCGGAGUAAGGAUGCCGAGCAUAAUGCUAACCAUAGAAAAGCCGAACACGCCGCUGACAUUCGACUGUCCCCCCAAUACAACUUUAUAUCCGCAGAAUGCAGUGGUUCCCGGCAAGGCGACAUUUUUCCCACCCAAUGAGAAAGGUGCGUGCAUCUAUAAAGGACCAGUGGCGGCAUCUCAACUAGAUGAGUUCGUCCCUGGAGCAAGUCUACGAGCUAAAGAGAGUAUUGAAGGAGCUGUUAUCUUGCGGAGUUAUACACUAAAUGUUCCAAAGCUGCCUAAGACGGAGACCAAUCUAUGCUACUUGUGCGUGCGUGGCCAUGAACCAGCGUACAGUUGCGGUGUCGUCGUUAAGGUGAAAGCUCCAGUUGCUCCUGCGCCGAUACCAAAGCAUCCGGUCUGUCUCCCCUCGAAUGAUGCCUCGGAGGGGCAGACGGGGAUGAUAACGCCAAAUGUGACACUCACAAUCGAUCGAGCGGGUGGCACUGCGAGUUUCGAAUGCCUUGAGGGAUCCACCGUCUUCCCAGACCAUGCGGACUCACCUGACCCCAGCUGCGCUCUUUCAUACAGAGUGACCGGAGAUACCUGCGAUGUGCGAGGCCGUACGGAGGUGCUGGCCAGCAAACUUCCAGGAGCAUCUCUUCGAAAAAGUGCAGUGGAAAACGGACACAGCAAAGGGCACCUGUAUACGUUCACGGUCCCGCAGCUGCCAGCAAAACAACAACAGGUCUGCUUCAUGUGCGUCAAGGACAGGGACACGUCGCGUAGCUGUGGAGUCGUAAUUGUUGUGAAGCCGCAUCCAGCCACCAUCCCCCCAGUGUCAGUGCCAGUAUGUAAGCUGGAACAUGCGCCGCUAGCUGCCACGACAGGCCUGCUUGAGGCCUCAGUGGCGCUAAUCGUGAAGGGACCCAACAGCUCCGUGGAAUUCGGGUGUCCCAGCAAUUCAGUGAUCAAUCCGACCACGGCAACAUCCCGUGGGCCUCUGGCACAAGUGUAUUCUGUACGCGACGGACAGAUUUGCGAUAUCAAAGGUCCACUGCAGACCCUUGCGGACCGUGUUCCGGGAGCAAGCCUCACGGCGGUUCAACCGCUGAAGGAAGGUGAUGCAAUAUGGAAACAAACGUUCAGAGUCGCUAACCUUCCGGCGAAAGAUACGUCCCUGUGUUACUUAUGCGUGUCACCAGGGGACUUUACACACAGAUGCGGAGUAGUAAUUAAUGUGAAAGGUUCGGGGGUUCCGCCUUCUCCGCUUCCACCCAAGCCAAAAGACUUCGGCUGUGCACCAAAGUACUCAGAAGAAGUGGAGAUAACGGGCAAGCUGAAGCCCGCGUCUGGGCACCACCGGUCGAAGGUAAGAAAUUCAGCUGACAGCGAGGCGACCUUGUGCAACGAGGUAAAGACUUUGCCGAUGGCGAUAGAUUCUUCUGGUGAGUUGACGGUGCGCUGCGGUGUGGAGUUUCCCGACCUUGACCCGCCCCUUGCCGCUGCUGCGUCGGAUCAGAAAGUCUACUACGGAGAGGCCUGCGACGACGUUGGAGCGUUGGCCACUGUCAGUCCCGGGGCGUCGAUUGUGAAGGAACCGGAGUACAACAACUUGACGAAGACGGUCGCGACUGCGAAACCGACCACGACGACAACCACAACGAAGAAACCUACUACGACGACAACCACAACGAAGAAACCUACCACGACGACAACCACAACGAAGAAACCUACUACGACGACAACCACAACGAAGAAACCUACUACGACGACAACCACAACGAAGAAACCUACUACGACGACAACCACAACGAAGAAACCUACUACGACGACAACCACAACGAAGAAACCUACUACGACGACAACAACAAAGAGACCUACCACGACGACAACCACAAUGAAGAAACCGACGACGACAACCACAACGAAGAAACCGACGACGACAACCACAACAAAGAAACCUACUACGACGACAACCACAACGAAGAAACCUACUACGACGACAACAACAAAGAGACCUACCACGACGACAACCACAACGAAGAAACCUACUACGACGACAACCACAACGAAGAAACCUACUACGACAACAACAACAAAGAGACCUACCACGACAACGACGACAACCACAACGAGAAGACCGACGACGACGACAACGACAACCACGACCACAACCACGACGACUACUACAACUACGUCAACAACAUCGAAACCGCCCGUGGUUAUGUCACCCGUAUUCAUUGAGGAAACCACCACAACAACCAGGCGCACCACCACAACGCACUACAUACGGACAGAAGCACCAACCUCAACAACUACAGUUGGGUCAACAACACCGGCGACGUCAUUGUUCCACUGGAAGAGUAAACUGGCCUCCCUGGCAGGUCAAUGGAGCUUUUCAGGAGCUCUACAAGGGCGCACGGGUGCUCACUCAGGUGUAUAUGAAGCGAAAAUCACUCAACCGCCCCCUCCAUUGGAGCCGUUACAGAAAAAGAAAGAUUGCUGUGGGCCUAAGUAA